GUCCAAUCAGAUGCAAGGAUCUCCCUGGUAACGAGGAUGCUCUGCUGUGGAAACCUUGGCCACAUUUUAGGCUAGCUUUAUGAAAGUUCAAAAUUUCCCGUCCAGAAACUGAUUUAUGAUAAUAAUUGUGGCGUAAGUUGUAAAAGAGGAUACUCUGUAUCCUGCGAUGACAGAGCAAAUGCAAGGGUUGGUCUCAGAGGCCAAGAAAAACAAAUUUACUACGAUUGGAUCUUCAAUAUCUGAAGAUGAUGUUUGCAGUGUUUGGGAAAAUGUUUCUAGUUUCAUUGAGAAACACAUGGGCCAGCAAAAGGGCGUCAAUGUUCCAGGCCUCGGAAUAUUUACAUUUACACAGAAAAAACUAGAGAUAGGAAACAACAAAUAUAUUCUCAUACAAAGACCAGUUUUCCAAGUGUCUGAAAAGUUUGCACAGACUCAUGGCCUAAACUACACAAAGUACCAUAUAUCAGGUACAAUACCAGUGGUUCAACUCAAUUAUGCCGCCCUCUCUUUUGAGAGUCCAUUCGACCGUGAAACAGUUGAGAGUUGCGUUAGAGAGGUCCUACAAGCGCAAGCCAGGGCAAUUGCUAGCAGAAAAAAUGUUGAAUUCACCUUUAACGGGAUUGGCAGGCUACAAAUCCGAGAGGGAAAAGUGAAAAUGAAAUUCUAUAAGGAGUUUCUUAACAUGAUGGAUGGGUCUGGGAAAUUGCUCAAUGCUCUGAAAGAUAGACCUGGUACAGUUGACUCAGUCAUGUCAGAUAGACCUCAGUCUAGACCCCACACCAGCAAUACUUUAGUUCUUCCAAAAAUUUCUGAUAGUGGCGGCUCUCUAAAUAUAGAUGUUAAAAAAUUACCCACAAUUCAAGAAGAUGGUCAAGCCCCGGAAGUGUUUGAAAUAGAGGAGGGCGACCGAGAGAAAUUGGAAGGUGACUCGGAAGAGAAAGAGCUUGCUGGACUACAAGAAGAGGAGAGAGAAGUUUCCAGAAAGACUCCAAUCCCGCCAAGCAGGUCAGGGUCUAGGUUGGUCGCCCCCAUAGCUCAGGCAACAGGGGUCAGUUUUGUCGAUGAUGUCUUACCCCCUACCCCCAGAGGAAUACGAGGGUCAGCACUAGCGAAGUCUAGCCCUGCCCCCCUCAUGAGGCCAUCUCCUUUACAGCAGUUACAGCCUUUAGAUUAUGACAGUGUGAGUCCAAAACUUCCGACAGACAUUGAUGAUCCAGUGUACGCUAAACCAGGGAGUGCACUGGAACGACUAGAGCAUGUGCCUUCACCCCCUAGGAUUCCUCCCACCCCUCCAACCCUCCAGAGGAUGCCAUCACCCCCAGGAUCUGCCUGCAGUCACUCUAACGCAGGCCAGGAGUUGUGCUAUCUCUGCCAUCAGAGGGCCAAACUGAACGUGCCAGUGGCGUUCAAGGAGGAAAGAGAAAGGCGCGAAAGAGAGGAGGAUAGACUACUCCAGCAAUAUCAACAUAUAAAAGAUACAGAAAAUGUGCUCAAGGAUCAGGAAACUAGUUUAGCAAAGAGGCAUGAUAGUCAGAAGAUUGCAGCAUUUAAUGUUGGAGUCGCAGAGGCUGUCAGAGCUAAGAGAAAUGCUCGACCAACAGAAUUUCAUCGAGCCUACAUAUUUCAAAAUCGGCCACUUACUCCACCAAGAUUUCACCAACAAAACGAAUACUCCAGAGAGCUUGCUAAACAGUGUGACGGCAAAGAGAGAGACAGGAAGAGCAAGAAGGCUGAUGAGGAGUUCUUAGAGAGACUCGAACAGGUUCAAUUAGCAGAGGAUCUUGCUGCCCAGAGGGAACAAUAUCUGAGAGAUAAGGCAGGGGGUCAGGAGCAAUACAAGAGGGCACUCUCAGCACAGGUAAAAUUCAAACCUCUGCCAAUACCAGCCCGCGAACCUGAUUCAUCAUCGCCCAUAUUUGGAAAAGACGAUAUGACCAAUGAGGGUAUGGCUGAGCAACGUAAACGAGCACACGAGGUGUACCAAGAGCAACUGGAAACUGUAAUGAGCAGGAAAAGAGCAAAUAUCUUGAAACGCUUGAAUGAACAGAAAGAAGAGGAAGAAAUGCUCGACCGUACAAAGAAAGAGCUUCUAGAUGACAGAGCACAUAGAUACGAGAGAAUAUACCGAAAUCGUAAACGUUUGGAAAGUGAUUGGUCAGGAGCUGCCGACACAAAAAAGAAUCGUGAACUUGAAGAUAAACUGCGAUCUUUGACCCCUGGAAUUCUAGUACACGAACAGUGUGAUAAAUACCACAGGUGUGGACAAUGUAAGAGAACUAUUAACAAUGCAGGAGAGUCCAAUAUUUGGAGGGAUUCCAGAUAUAUACCAGGGUCAAGGUUAAUGGUAUAAAGGUCAAGGUCAUUGUAAUUACUGCUGAUUUGAUCAUUCUCAAAAAAGGAAAAUGUUCGAAUAAUGGGACUUGAUCACUGGGUGGGUGCUCUAGGGUAGGGUUAAAUUAGCAAAACCAUUUGAUUUAUCAAAAUAGACAUGAAAUAGAGAACAGCAACUAUUAUAGAUGUGCCAAAAGUAUUGAGUUUUAAUUUGAUUGUUUAAGAAAUAAUCUUGCUUUAAAUCGAGAGUAAUUGGUAUUCAGAAAAUGAGUGCUGAAAUGCAUAAUACAAAUUAUACUUUGUAAAACAAUCAAAAAUUGAGAUAUACAGUUGACAACGAAGCAGUGUUUUAUGAACUGGGGUCGGCUUAUUAUACCAGAGUUAAAUGUAUCAAAAUGAAUACAAAAGAUUGGGCACACCCUUAUCUUUAAUGUCAUUUAGUACACUAGGCUACGAUAUAAUGAGAUUUACCCUACAUACAUAUAUUGGAGUAAUAUAUUGAUAUUUUUCAAUAUGAUGAAAAGGUAUUAGCAAUAUGUAGUACAUGAUCAGUAUUAAAUGUCUUUUUAGAUUAGAAUCAUAUUUGGCUCAAAAUUGAGCAUUUUCAUAUCUGAGAUUUUUGCUAAUACAGUAUACAUGUUAUGCCAAUUUAUAAUGGCAAUUAUACAAUGGGCCAGUAGUCUAAGAGGAAAAUGGGGCAUGAUAGACGAUGGGACAAAACUGAUCAUAUUAAUAUUCUUGAUUACAUAUAUUAGUUCAACUGUCCUCACUCAUUGUUAUUGACCAAUGUACUGCGGAACAACCAGUGUAUUUAUGUUUAUGACUGUGUUACUGCAGAGAGAGACAAAUAUUUGUUCUUGCCCUGUGGUCUGUCUUGCUCCAGGGUCUUUUACAAUUUCUGUAAUUUUUCUUUAUUAAUUUUUACAAAUCUAGAUAAAUUAUUAUUAUAUAGUUGUCAUGGUUUCUGUACUUAAUGUACAUGUCAGAUAAUAUCAGAGGGCAGGGUGGGUGUGGAUUGAGGUGGCAAAUAAGGCAUCUGUUUUCUGGAUUUAAAUUAAAGAAAUUAUGAAUAAAUUGUUUUGUAUGAUUUCUCAUUGCCUCUCCUGUGCAUAUAGCCAUCUUUUUUUUUAAUUUUACUGAUCAUUUUACUUACUCUCUUUUGUUGUACUGUACAUACUGUUGUACUGUACAUAUUGUUUUAUUGUACAUAUCAUAUGCAUGUUUUUGUAAAUAUUGUAUAUUUUAAUUUGUAAUAUCAUAAUGCAAAUCAAACUAUUUUAUCAGACUUUUACAUCUAUCCAUCCAACAAUAAAUCGUAAAACUAUGAAAUAUUGUGUUCUGUUAAGAUAUAUAAUGGCUUUUUAUCGCACUUUAAAAUGUGUUAUACAUGUACUGUCAUUGCCUUGUGCUGAUGGGCAUGUUUGGAUUGAUGGGUGUCACAUAAAUCUUGUCAUCAACAUAUCAGGAAAGCUGUUCUUCCGUUUUUUGAAUACAUUCAUUUGGGAUAAAGUGGGAAACAAAAGUUCCUUUGUUAUUUAUUCAUAUGGAACUCAUGUGAGUCAUUGUUUUCAGCUUAAUUUAGGUCACCCAUAAAUAACUGAUAUCUUUAAAACCCCUUUAUGAAUGCAUU